CUCAGCUUUGCGAGAUCGAGCUUCUCAUGUUUUUCGCGCUCAAAAAAUUGCUCCAUCUUCAAGUUCAAACUUCGCCUUCAAAAUCAAGCUGCACAGGAGGGCGCUUGCAAGCUUCAUCUCUGUCAAAAACAGAAGAGAGGACGCUAGAUGAGCGCCUGUCGUUAUCCACUGAACUUUUGCUAAGAGCAAAUCAAGCUAAGAGCAAUUGUGAUACAGUCAAUUCAAAGGGAGCACUUAGAGCCAGCAUCCAUUCCGCCAGAACUAUUUUCCAACAUAAAGGAGCGCCCAUCUGUCUGUUUGCAUUCCUGAGGCCUAAGCAUGUCGGGUAAAGGAGCAAAGGGUCUGUUGACCGGUGGCAAGCCAGGAGCAGACGACAAGUCAAAGGAUAAGAAGAAGCCGCAGUCCCGUUCCUCAAAAGCAGGGCUGCAGUUCCCGGUUGGAAGGAUCCACAGACUACUGAAGAGCAGAGUGUCGGCAAAUGGCCGUGUGGGUGCCACGGCAGCGGUCUACAGCGCUGCUAUUCUGGAAUAUCUGACGGCUGAGGUGCUCGAGCUGGCUGGGAACGCAUCCAAGGAUCUCAAGGUGAAGCGUAUCACGCCCCGGCAUUUGCAGCUGGCCAUCAGAGGAGACGAGGAGCUGGACACGCUCAUCAAGGGGACCAUUGCAGGGGGUGGUGUCAUUCCUCACAUUCACAAGUCCCUCAUCAACAAAUCCAACAAGAAGGAGUAGGGUAGCCGCACUGCUGAAAAACCUAAUCUGCAGAUCAGUGCGCUGGUUCGCACCUGAUUGGUGCUGAUCCGUACUUUUAAACGACUGGUCACAAGGUAGUGCUUUUAGUAGCUCAACAGAUGAUAAUGCUUUCUGUAACUAGAAGCUCACCUCUAAGGCGAAGUGGAUGGUAUAGGGAAUGUGGUAAACAGCCAGAUUUUAGGCAGCCAGGAGUGGUCAAGCGACGACGUACUUGACUGCAUGCUUGCGAGCUGCUCCUCAACUCUACUUUCUUUGCGAGUGUCUUUCAACAGCAAGUUGAAGGGCCACAUUGAUCAGCACCUGACGGAGUUAUCCUCUUUCAACCGACUUCCCGUUGGAGCACCAAGCUCCCAAAUGUACUUUCAGGUCAGCUUGUUGACUCGCAUAUUGCUUAUAGCAAGACACCAAGCAUGGGAUUGUGCAAGUCGAAUUCAGGUCCGGUUUUACUUGAUUGUGUGGGAUAGCCUGGUUGAAGUUUCUGUUGGUCGUGUCUUG